UGCAGACAGUUUGUAACAACACGUAGGCAGCUUUGCCCUCACGAAGUCAUAUCACCAGAGCUUACAUGCAUGAGAACAGUCAAGGCUUGGCUGGUGACCUUCCCUCAUCUGUUAAGAUCUCACUGAGAUAUCAAUGGAGAUUUUACCUUUGCUUUGUAUUCUCUCUGUGGUUUGUACGGGUUUAACCACAGGAGCUGGUGUGUUGCCAGAUGUUCCUCUGAAUGCAGCUGUGGGACAGACGGUGACGUUCACCCCAACACUGACUCCACCACUUGUAACAGUCAUAUGGAACUUUAAUCAGAAUAAGAAUAUAAUCACGUUUACUGGUGAAACCUUCACUGCACCAGAGUAUGAAGGCAGGAUCACCUUCUCCCCUUCUUCUGGAUCUCUGGAGCUCUGGAGUGUGAAUUUAAAUGACACUGGAGAAUACAGCGUUUUCAUUAUACGACAGGGAGAACUAGCAAAGAAUGGAGCCACCACACUGAGAGUUUAUGAGCCAGUCUCCAAUGUAACGUUAGCUGCCAACAGCACAGACCUGGUGGAGUUCAACAGCUCCGUCACACUGACCUGCUCCUCCUCUGGACCCUCCCUCUCUUUCCUCUGGCUGAACAGCAGCUCUGAGGUGACAGAAAGUGACAGAGUUCAGCUCACUGAUGGAGGCUCCACCCUCACUAUAGUCAAUGUGACCCGCUAUGACCAGGGACCAUUCAGGUGUCUCGUGUCCAAUCCUGUCAGUAAUGGCAGCAGCAUUGCAGUAAACCUCUCCAUCAGCUAUGGCCCAGAAAAUAUUAUUUUGACAUCUCCACCACAUGAAUACUAUGCAGUCGGAUCAAACUUCAUCCUGUCCUGCUCAGCUGACUCCAGACCUGCUGCCAUGUUUUACUGGUUUCUGAAUGGAGACCAGCUGACUGAUACUGGAGCAGAGCUCAGACUGACAAACAUUCAGAUGAGUCAGAGUGGAAACUACAGCUGUCAGGGCUUUAACCAGAAAACUGGGAGAUAUGAAACGUCUCAGUCUUCACCUGUGACUGUACUGGAGCCAGUCUCCAAUGUAAUGUUAGCUGCCAGCAGCACAGACCUGGUGGAGUUCAACAGCUCCGUCACACUGACCUGCUCCUCCUCUGGAUCCUCCCUCUCUUUCCUCUGGCUGAACAGCAGCUCUGAGGUGACAGAAAGUGACAGAGUUCAGCUCACUGAUGGAGGCUCCACCCUCACUAUAGUCAGUGUGACCCGCUAUGACCAGGGACCAUUCAGGUGUCUCGUGUCCAAUCCUGUCAGUAAUGACAGCAGCAAUGAAGUAAACCUCUCCAUCAGCUAUGGCCCCGAAAAUAUUAUUUUGACAUCUUCACCACAUGAACACUAUGCAGUCGGAUCAAACAUCACCCUGUCCUGCUCAGCUGACUCCAGACCUGCUGCCAUGUUUUACUGGUUUCUGAAUGGAGACCAGCUGACUGAUACUGGAGCAGAGCUCAGACUGACAAACAUUCAGAUGAGUCAGAGUGGAGACUACAGCUGUCAGGCCUUUAACCAGAAAACUCUGAGAUAUGAAACGUCUCUGCUGUCAGUUGUCUCUGUACUGGAGAGAAUAUCAGGUGUUUCUUUGACAUCGACAACAAACCUGCCGAUUGAGAAGAAGUCUGUCAACUUAACCUGUGAGGCUGCUGGCACUGUAUUUAACAGAAGGUGGAAGAAGGAUGGCUCAGAUCUGAUCCUGGCAGACAACAUGAUGGUUUAUGACGAGAACAGAGGGCUGUUUGUUCACCCUCUACAGAGAACAGACAGUGGAACAUAUUCCUGUAACGUCAGUAACCCAUUCAGCGCUGAGGAAGCUACAUUCACCAUGGAUGUUAACUAUGGACCAGACAAUGUUCAAAUCACAGGUCCAAGUGAGGUACAUGUUGGACAGGCCAUAAAUUUAACCUGCUCUGCUGAGUCCAACCCAUCUGCUAGUUACACCUGGAUGCUGAAUGGGACGGAGAUACACAACUCUGCUGUGUUCACUAAAAACACACCUGAGCCUUCUGACAGCGGCGAAUACACCUGUCAAGUCACAAAUAAAAUAACUGAGAGAACGUCAUCGGCGGUGCACGUAUUAUCUGUAACAGGCAACUCGGCCACAACAUCAGGCUGUUCAGGUGGUUGCAUUGCUGGGAUAGUAAUCGCAGUGUUAGUCAUCCUUGGAGCAGCUGGUGGUGGAGGAUACUACGUUUAUAGAAAAAAAAAACAGCAGAAAAAGCCCUCCAAUAGAAACACGGCCACCGGACCCACAAGAAUUGAAGGUCAUGACAACCAAACAUACUCUGAGGAGCUGAACUAUGCAGAUAUCAAGUUUUUCAAGAACAAAGAUGGUGGGACAGUCCAGCUGGGGCAGCAGAAUAACUCAGAAUACGCUCAGAUCAAAGUGAACAACAGACCCGUCGUGGAACAUUCACCUCCUACCUAUGAUGCCCACCUGCAGCGACCCAAGAGGGAAGCUCCUCAGCCUGACGUCACACAGCUUUAUGCUAAGGUUAACAAGAACCGGGCGAAUCACACAUGAGGGAUCACUGGAGGCCAGAAGCAACUGACACGUGGUUGGAGAAACCUGCACUUGCCUCUCAUUGCAUUUAUAGACAACUUAUUUUAGACUUGAGUUUACUCAGUGAAAGCACUUUAGCAGAGGUUAAUAAUCAACCCGGUUAUGACAGUUAUUGGUGUGACCGAGGUCAGAAAGCACAAUGUUGUCCUGUUAUUGUGCUUUCACAGUAUAUGGUAAUUCUGAUGUCCUUCCAUUAGUGUGUGUGCAGUGAAUGAAAAGCGCUGAUAUCUGAGUGGAAUCGUUCUCAGUGAGUGAUUCAGUUUGUUUGCUUGAGACGUAAUGUUUGACACUGAUGAGGUGUCAGACUUGACUCGUGCUGCGUGCUGUGUAAUUUCAGUUGCAGUCUGUAGCUUGCUUGUCAGUUUUUCUAUUUAUUUUACAUCUUACCAAAUGAAAAAUCUUGGUUGUUUAACUAUAUUUAAUUUACCUUUCAGUGGUGCCUUUCAGGACAUUUUGCUUGGCAUCGACAGAGCUUGUUAAGUUUGUCUGUACAGCAGUGAACUGCAAUGACCUGGCAAAAGAUAAAGAUGAAGGUAGAAGUUCAGCUUUAUGAAGAAGAAACAAUAGUUAUAAGUUAGUUAUAAUUAAAGUAAAAGGAAUUUCCAUGAGAUUUCCAUUAGUUAUGUAAUGGGUAUCUUCAGAUCCAAUAAAAAGUCUUGAAGUCCAUCAACAGGCAGGUGAGAGAUAAAACUUUUACAGCCUUUUACGGUUAAUGUCAGUAAAAAUUGCAACGUGAAUGCAUGAUAAGGUGCUUCUUCCGUGUCCAAAGCAAAGUAAUUCAAAUAAGUGCAACAUGGCCAAUAGGAAAUAGAACCAAACUGAUGUUGCCAUAAACACUCCCUGUUUGGCACACCAGCACGCAUCCUCAAUUUUAUUAUGGCACUCCUAAGUUAUGCUAUAUUUUGUUCAUUAUCUUAAGGCAUGGCAUGCAUUAUGUUUGCACUAAUAUUUUUUGAUAGAAGUUCAUUUAAUAUCUUGAAUCCUUUUCUUUGUAAGUAAUAAAGAAGUGUUUUUUGGAGUUAGUGUAGGAUUAAAUCAACAGUGUUACCUCAGAUUUUGUUUUCCUGACCCUUCCCUUUCCUGUAGGAUCAUCGGUGUUAUUUUAAUCUUCACUGACACCUGACAUUUGUGAUCUCAGCAAAUAAUUUUAGGAGGAAACUGGAAAGUUCUAUACUUUUUAAUUUAAUUAAGGUUGACAGUCAUUUGUGUUCACCCAGGCUACACAUUAACUUCUCCUUUCUUAGGUUCCUGACCAGCAAUCUGAUAAUCUAUUGUUGAUAAAGUCAAACCACAGCAUGUCAGGAACCAAGGUUAAACAGUAUAUGAUACUGCACAUUUUACUGAUAAUCGCUUCUUCCCCUUUUUAAAACAAUGACUGGUUCAGAACAAGGUACAUGAAGAGAAUGAAGUGUCCCAAACCGAGCUAAUGGUUUCCCCUCCCCCAUCAGUUACUCAUUGUUAAAGAUCAAACUCAAAAUCAGCCUCCUUUCAGUGCAUGCACUGAAAAGACUUUUCUUUAAUGUGCUUGUUUUACACUUUACUUAGCUUUUCCACACUAUGAAACUGAAUCCUUUGUUUUUGUUUCUUUAAAAUGAUCUUACACACUUAUUUGAAAUGAAUGUAUUUUACAUGACAUUUUCAGGUGAAAAUUAAUGGAUAAGUUAAUGAAUUCAUAUAUUAUGGUAUUUUUAAAUUAAAUGGACUUUUGAUCAUGAAAACCACCCCUCAUCUUAUUAUAACUUAAACCUUAAUACCUUAAAACAUUUUCAACUAAAUGUGAAAAUUCAGGGAGGCUUUCAUGGUUUUUGGUCAGUGGGCUUCUACCCCUUAAAAAAACAUUAAAUCAUGCACAUAAACCAUUAAAAUAUAUUUAUCUUCAUUAUCACAAGGCAUAGCUACCUCUUUUGGAAUACACUUUGUUAUCAUUGUUAAAUUAAGAAGUCAUUUGUGUUAUUUUAACUCUCUUUUCCAGAGUUUCUUGUUUCAUAGUGAACCGUAUCCUUGUGAUCUGUUUACCAUUAACUUCUGUCUAAUCAGCCUGACAGCUUUGAACUGUUUAAUGCCAUUCCAAUGUGAAUGUGUGAUUAAUGCUUGACCGGUUUGCCCAAAGAAAGAAGGCAGUGAAUAUAAUUCUCAGGUUGGAAAUAUUACAUUUGUAAUUUAAUUUAAAUGCUUGUUCAAAUAAAUAAACUAGUUUGUUACAUUAACUUA